GAAAAGGAAAGGGCCUGAGGCCAGGAAUUGUGGGAGUUGUAGUCCAAAACACCUGAAGCGAAGGCCCAAGUUUGCCCACGCCUAGAUUAGAUACAGGACUCCAAGCAAAACACAGCUGAAACCUAUGAUAUUAGCGUCUGAAAGAGUAUGUAAGUUUGCUUUACUGUUUGCCGCGAUGCUGGGCUUCCUGAAGCGCCCGGUGGUCUUCUCAGUGGAAGUCAAUGUGAACGUGGUGCUUCUUUCUGCUUUGGGGCUCCUUUCUCGCCUGUGGGGCCUCUCCCACCCCAGGGCCGUCGUUUUUGACGAAGUGUAUUAUGGGCAGUUCCUCUCCCUGUACAUGAAGCGGAUCUUCUUUGUGGACGACAGCGGACCCCCCCUCGGACACACCCUCCUGGCCCUCGGAGGCUACUUGGGGGGCUUCGAUGGGAACUUCUUGUGGAACCGGAUCGGAGCAGAAUACACUCCGAACGUGCCGGUCUGGGCCUUGCGCCUCCUUCCCGCCGUGUCCGGCGCACUCGCGGUGCCCUUGUCCUACCAGAUCCUGGUGGAGAUGCGCUUCUCGCAUGUUGUCGCCUUGGGAGCCGCCGUCCUCAUCUUAUUGGAGAACUCCUUGAUCACUCAGUCCAGGCUGAUGCUGCUCGAGUCCGUCCUGAUCUUCUUCAUCCUUUUGGCCCUCUUGUCCUACCUGAAGUUCCACAAUUCCCAAAGCCCCUUUUCUGCAAGAUGGUGGUUCUGGCUUUUGCUCACCGGACUUUGCUGCUCCUGUGCUGUUGGGGUGAAAUACAUGGGCUUCUUCACGUACGGCCUGAUUCUUGCCGUCGGAGGAGUCCAUGCCUGGCAGCUGAUCGGUGACCAGACCUUGUCCAGCGCCUCCCUCCUGGGCCACUGCGGGGCCCGAGUGCUGGCGCUGGUGCUGCUCCCGGCGGGCGCCUACCUGUCCUUCUUCUACCUCCACCUGGCCUUGCUCUACCGCUCGGGGCCCCACGACCAGAUCAUGAGCAGCGCCUUCCAGGCCAGCUUGGAGGGGGGUCUCUCCCGGGUCACGCGGGGUCAGCCGCUGGAGGUGGCCUACGGCUCCCAGGUCACGCUGCGCAACGUCCUGGGCAAACCCUUGCCCUGCUGGCUCCAUUCGCACAAGAACACCUACCCCAUCAGGUAUGAAGACGGGCGGGGCAGCUCCCACCAGCAGCAGGUGACCUGCUACCCCUUCAAAGACGUCAACAACUGGUGGAUCGUCAAGGACCCCGGGACGCAGCAGCUGGUGGUGAGCAACCCUCCUCGCCCCGUGCGCCACGGAGACCUCGUACAGCUCGUCCACGGCAUCACCACACGCUUCCUCAACACGCACGACGUGGCCGCCCCGCUCAGCCCUCACGCGCAGGAAAUCUCCGGCUACAUUGACUACAACGUCUCCAUGCCGUCCCAGAACCUCUGGCGCCUGGAAAUCGUGAACCGGGAAUCCGAUGCCGACGUCUGGAAAACGAUCCUCUCCGAAGUGCGGCUGGUCCACCUCAACACCUCCGCGGUGCUCAAGCUGAGCGGGGCCUCCCUCCCGCCGUGGGGCUACCGGCAGCUGGAGGUGGUGGGGGAGAAGGCCUCCAAGGGGCACCACCCCAGCAUGCUCUGGAACGUGGAGGAGCACCGCUAUGGCAAAAGCCAAGAGCCGAAGGAGCGUGAGGCGGAGCUGCAUUCUCCGACGCAGACCAGCAUCGGGCAGAACCUCUCCUUCCUGGCCAAGUUCAUGGAGCUGCAGUGGAAGAUCCUGACGCUGAAGAACGAGGAGGCGGAGCACAAGUACAGCUCCUCCCCUUUGGACUGGGUCACCAUGGAGACCAACAUCGCCUACUGGUUCCAGGCCUCCUCCGGGGCCCAGAUCCACCUCCUGGGCAACGUGGCCAUCUGGACCUCCGCCAACGUGGCCGCGGCCUCCUACGUGGCCCUCUUCCUGUGGUACCUCCUCCGGCGGAGGCGGGGCAUCCGUGACAUACCCGACGAGGCCUGGGGGCAGUGGGUCUUGUCGGGGGGGCUCUUCCUGGGCGGCUGGGCCCUCAACUACCUGCCCUUCUUCCUGAUGGAGAAGACCCUCUUCCUCUACCACUACCUGCCGGCCCUCACCUUCCAGAUCCUCCUGGUCCCCGUCAUCCUCCAACACCUCAGCGACCACCUCUGCAGGUCCGGCCUCUCGCAGAGCAUGCUGCGUGCCCUGGGGGCGGCCUGGCUGUCUUCGGUCUGCCUGACCCACCACUCCUUCUGGCCGCUGACCUACGGGGAGCCCCCGCUCUCGCCCGCCGGGCUCCGGAGCCUGCGCUGGAAGGACAGCUGGGACCUGCUCAUCCGGAGGCAGCGCCAGCCCUGACGAAGCGCAGCAGGACAACCGGCCUGGGACGGCUGGGACACGCGGCCCAAGCGCUCCUCGCAGAAAGCAGCCAGCUUGGCCUUACGUCACCUCAUACCUCAGAUCCAUAGGCCUGGAUCUAUGUGUCUAGAUCAGGGGGCCUCCAACUUUUAAAGCAGAGGCCGGUUCACAAUCCUUCAGACUGUGGAGGGGCCGAAUUAUCAUUUGGGGAAAAAAACCAAACAAAUCCCUAUGCACACUGCACAUAUCUUAUAUGUAGUGCAAAACAACAACAAUAACAAUAAAAGAACAAUACAAUAUUUAAAAAUGAAAAUAAUUUUAACCAACAUAAACCUAUCAGGAUUUCAAUAGGAAGUGUGGGCCUGCUUCUGGCCAAUGAGAUAGGUUAAUUAGGAUUGUUGUUAGGGGCACCCGAUACUCCAUAAGGGGCACAUGAUACUCCGUAAGCAUCAAAGCCUGGCUGCUUCAUACCUAGGGGACUCCAUUGUUGGCCAGCUUGAAUCCCAUUGAAUAGCCUUGCAGCAUCAAAGCCUGGCUGCUUCAUACCUAGGGGACUCCAUUGUCGGCCAACUUGAAUCCCAUUGGAUAGCCUUGCAGCAUCAAAGCCUGGCUGCUUCAUACCUAGGGGACUCCAUUGUCGGCCAACUUGAAUCCCAUUGAAUAGCCUUGCAGCAUCAAAGCCUGGCUGCUUCAUACCUACAGGGAAUCCUCUUUAUGCCACCUUCCAUGCCACGAAGAAAACCCCACUAAGGACUACGCCACAGCAACGCGUGGCCGGGUACAGCUAGUAUAAUAUAAAAUGUCCAAUGGACCUGUAUAUAUUACUUUAAAACCAUGUGAAAUGUG